UCGUCCCGCCUCCUCUGAACCCUUUGCAGGGUUGUAAUUGGAUGCCAGACUCGUCAUACCCCCAUCUGCCCAGGUUAGGUUGCUCUGCACCGUUAAGAUGCUCAAUUGAUGGGCGUACUGAGCUGUGCAGCGAAAGGAGAUACCCUUACGUGUUUCAUUGUAGCAAAACAAAACCAUGUUCUAUCCUGGUUACAUCACUUCUUGUUGCUGGUUUCUCCGCGACACCCUUCCUGCAGCUCAGUUUUUUCUCCCUGCGCGCGGCGACAAGCGGGCUGGACGAUGCUGUUGCGGCGUUUUAAAGGGAAAAAAGCUCAUGACAGAAUAACAACACAAGGCAGUGCAUCGCCGCCGUUUAUUAUAAAUCCGGAUGAGGUUAUUUGAUUUCGAUCUCUCUCUCUCUCGCACGCACGGUGGACUCGGACAACGCAGGUACUUUGGGAGAAUUGGAUGAAACGCACCUGCCGUGCGAUAGCGGACCAGCCGGAGCACAUGGACAUCCGUUCCCUAGCUGGACCGUAAAUCGGACAUUCACAUCUGAAUAUUUCUAACAAUGCUCUCUCUUGUUUCGGCGCCAUGGAGGAUUCGCAGUUUUGAAUCUACAUCGGUUUAAUAUUUACUCGCCGCGGGGCUUCAAACCAGCCCGAGUAUGGGGCUGAUGACAGCUGAUCGCCCCUCCUCUCCCGUCACUUCAAUAAAAACGCGCUACAUCUGAGUCCGCUGCCCUCGAUCGGAAGCCAGAGUCUCAGUUUCACCUGCGUUUAACAAUAGAUAGAGCGCACAGGGCUGUUGACAGUAUUUGGUUGAUUUCCCACCUUAACCUUUCCCUGAUCAAGUUACCUUCACAAUGGGCAGUCAGUUGGAGGUUGUCAUAUUUCACUGAAGGCCUUUUGAAUUUAAUUUGUAGCCUAUAGGCUACUCAUUUGGAAAGAUUCAAAAGCAUCCGUCUGUUCUGCAGGAAAAACUGUCUUUCUGUAAGGAAAGUGCUGCAGCUCUGUGGAAAUGCUCUGUCCGAUCACCUCUCCACAUGGGAGCUCAAUUUCUCUUCUUGCUCUUUGGUACUUUGCGCUAACCCCAUGGCGGGGGAUGACCCUCGAGUAGCCGAUAAAAUAAUCAGCGUCGUGGUGUCAAGCAAAGGCUUGAGCUACAGGGGAUUUGUGUAGAUUAUCGCCGGACUGCUAUUUUGUUCCCUCGGACACACUCUUAACUCAACUUAGCGGCUUUUGAUCUGCAGCCUUUUCCCUGCUACCCUAUCCGCCUGGAAACUCCAGCAGGGAAGCCUGCUUACAAGCCACGCUAUUCAUAGGGAAAAGGGGGAGACGGGGUUUUAUUCAUUAGCAAAAGUGUUUGGACCCAGAUCUGAGGUUUCGACGAGUUUGGCGCUGCUGUCACCCCGUGGAUCUGGGGGAAUGAGACGCGCUUUAAGGCUGUAGUUCCACUACCACUCCCUGUUUACUCGCAGGCUGCCUGGGAUGCCGUCGCUGUGACCGGGAGAGGUAGACCGUCAGUAGAGCCGCGGACAGCCAGAAUACCGAACGCCAGCAGCGCCAGGGUGACCACUUUCCGGACCCGUUUUGACUAUCUACCGGGCGGCUACCGGAGGAUGUUCGAGCCAGGAUGCUGCGCUUCCCCGUGAAGAAGAUCCGGAAGCAGUUCAAGCUCCUGCUGCUGCUGGUACUGCUCACCUCCGCCGUGUGGUUCACCUACUUGCACAUCAACCAGGGCAAGACCAUCAAACUCCACUUCAACUACGGAAAAGAUGGAGAGAGACAGACGGAGGGGACGGACACCAGCCGUAAGAGGGACACUCGCUCCUCAGCCGGCCACCACAAGAGUGAGGACACCAGCGACAGCAGGGAGGACGAGGCUGCAGAUGAUGAGCAAAUCACAGGAGGCACUAAUGGCAGAGACCAUACCCGCAUCAGGAAGUUCCUCAGCCAAGGCCACAAGAAAUUGCCAUGGAAAGCGGAGUAUAAAGGACAGGCCAACCUGCAUGUGUUCGAGGACUGGUGUGGCUCCUCUAUAGCCCAACUCAGAAAGAACCUGCACUUCCCUCUCUACCCUCAUGCCAGAACCACACUGAGGAAGCUGGCAGUUGCUCCGAAGUGGAAGAACUAUGGCCUGAGAAUAUUUGGCUUCCUUCACCCUUACAGAGAUGGUGAUUUCCAGUUCUCGGUAUCGUCUGAUGAUAACUCUGAGUUAUGGCUGAGUCCUGAUGAGAGCCCUCUCAACGCCAGACUGCUGGUCUAUGUAGGACAGCUGGGUACAGAGUGGACUGCUCCAGGCGAGUUCAGCAAGUUCAGGUCCCAGUCCUCCAAGUCUGUGCACCUAAUCUCGUCCAGACGAUACUACUUUGAGAUUCUCCACAAGCAGGAUGACAAGGGCUCGGAUCACGUGGAGGUUGGGUGGCGUCCGUUCCUCCCUGGUCUGAAAUAUGAAGUGAUAGACUCAGCCUACAUCUCCCUGUACACAGACGAGUCCAAUCUGAAGAUGAACAGUGUGGACCACAUCCCCCAGACCUUGGCCAGUCACAUCCGUCUCCCAGAGGAGGCUCAGCACCAGGGUCUGGAGAGAGGUGGCAUUCUGCAGCACGGAGCGGAUAUGCUGAAGCCGGACCCCAGGGACACCUUCUACAGCACUCCUAUGAUCGACCCCUCCCGACUGGAAAACGUUCUUCCGGCCUGUCUCUACUCUCCAACCUAUGUCGUCAAAGAUUUUCCCAUCGCCAGAUACCAGGGCCUCCAAUUUGUCUAUCUGUCCUUCGUUUACCCCAAUGACUUCACACGCCUCACCCAUAUGGAGCGAGAGAACAAGUGUUUCUACAGAGAGUCCCCUAUCUACUUGGAGAAGUUUGGUUUCUACAAAUAUAUGAAGAUGGAUGAGGAGGAAGAUGACAGACCGUUCUUCUUCCCCAACCCAGAUGAUUUCCUCGAUGAAGAAGAGGUGGUAGAUAUAGAGGACGAGGCAGAGAUCGUUGGCACGCAGUCGCCCAAGAAGCCCUCUCAUCCCAGCCAGACCAGCCACACCUCCAAUCCCUCCCAUCUGCACUCCAAGCCUGCGCCCACACCAGCUGGCAUAGAAGGGGAAGAAGAGGAGGAGGACCCUGAUGAAGAGGAGGAUGGAGCAGUCGACAGUAUCAUACGCCGCAGAGAAAGGAGACACUUUCCUCACAGUGAUGGACAGAUGGGUAGGGAUAUUGACAGAGACUGGGGAAGAGAUCACACAAACAUUAGACAGGACACGAGGAAGGGAUUUGAAGAGCCCCAACCCAGGGGGCGUCAGCCUGACAUGGACAGUGUGGUCCGGGGUCGCUCCCUGUCUUGGAUUCGCACUGGUCCUGCAGAGUUGAGCCCUGGCAGGAAAGGAGGAGGAACAGGUGGUGGAGGAGGAGGAGGAGGAGGAGGAGUAGGAGAGAAGGGAGUUGAGACUCUGCCUAAACUGAGCAAGUCUUCACUCCUUUUCCCCCAAAAGUCCUCCCUCUCUGCCCUUGCCAGCCGAGCCAAGCAGAUCCUCAGCAACUCCGCCCAUAGCAACAACUUCCAUGAUAACCAAAACAACAAGCUCGCUGGAAACAAGAAGGAGAAGAGGGAAGAGAACAAGAUCUACAUCACCAGGCCUCGCACUGCCAAGGAGCGGGAGAGGGACAGGGAGAGGGAGAGGGAGCAGCGUCGAGAGAGGAGGGAGGAGAGAGCAUCUCGCCACCCUAGAGAGGUCUUCCCGGGGGUCUUUCUGUACCAAACUGGGAAGACCACAAGGCUGGUCAACCUGGAUGCCAAAGGACAUGCUGGGAGAGGCAUAACCGGAGGCAGAAGUCUUGUUAGUGCCCCUCAGCUCUGGCCCAAUCCCCCCACAAAAGAUGGUAAGCAUCACAAUGGAAGUAUCAACAUACAGAAUGAAAGUGUACAGAAGUCUGGCAACAGGGCAGCCGAGGCAAAGCAACCAGAGAAAGGCAAGAGGAAAGAGGAGCAACGGGAUUUAAAGACUACUGUCACUGCUGAUGUGCCCAGAAAAGGCAACCCGCUAACCCCGCUGUCCCGUCACAAAGAUCCACCUCCGGUUACACAGCAAAGGUUCAACUCCACAGAAAACACGCCCCAAAGUCAGACACGGGUCACCUCUUACCUCAGGACCUCUGAGAUCACAGAGUCCCAGCAGCAUCCAGACCCGGAUCCCAACCCGGCAGAACAGGACCAGGAUACAAACCGCUCCAAUCCUGACCCCGACAUUGACCCCGAGCCAGAACCAGAGGAGGGCGAGAUGUCGGACUACAGCUACGAGGAGGUCGAGGUGCGGCCAGGUUGGGCAGAGGAGAGCAUCAACUGGCAGAGGACCUUCUCAGUCAAUCCGAUGGACUUUGAGCUGCUGCGCUCUGACUGGAACGACCUGCGCUGCAAUGUGUCUGGCAACCUCCAGCUGGCAGAGAGUGAGGUGGUGGAUGUGCUGGCGCAGUACAUGGAGAAACUCAACGAACGUAACGGAGGGAUCUACACCCUGCUGCGAAUCGUCAACGUUGAGAAGCGGCGCGACUCGGCGCGAGGGAACCGUUACCUCGUGGAGCUGGAGCUAAUGGAGAGAGGCCGCAGCGUGGUGCGUCUGUCAGAAUACAUCUACCUGCUGCUCCACCGCGGCAGGCAGGGAGAGGAAAGUCUAGAGAACACUGACUUCGCCCCGGCCUCUGCACCAGCUUCGGCCCCAUCAGCUGCCACAUCCAGCCUCACCACCCCACCGGCCCCUCCCUCCACCAGGUCCCCCGCCCGGCCCGGAGCAACCCCCUGGAGCACAGCCUAUGCUAAGCCUCUGCUCUGCCAGCCGGUCAUGCUGCAGUGGAGGAGAGAUGUCAUGGUGCACUUUGUGGUGCCAGUGAAAAACCAGGCUCGCUGGGUACAGCAGUUUAUCUCUGACAUGGAGAAUCUUCAUCACCAGACGAAGGAUGACAAUUUCAGCAUCAUCAUUGUCGACUUUGAGAGUGAAGACAUGGAUGUGGAGCAGGCACUCAGAGAAAGCAGUGUGCCCAGAUAUGAAUAUCUAAGGAGAGAAGGGAACUUUGAGCGCUCAGCAGGACUGCAGAUUGGAGUAGACACUAUAGAGGAUAGUCACAGCAUUGUGUUCCUGUGUGAUCUGCACAUCCACUUCCCUCUCAACAUCUUGGAAAGCAUCAGGAAGCACUGCGUGGAGGGACGCCUUGCGUUCGCUCCCAUUGUCAUGAGACUCAGCUGCGGCAGUUCGCCACAGGAGCCCGAUGGUUACUGGGAAGUGAACGGCUUCGGCCUGUUUGGAAUCUAUAAGUCUGAUUUUGAUAAGAUUGGAGGGAUGAACACGGAGGAAUUCAAAGACCGCUGGGGUGGAGAGGACUGGGAGCUGCUGGACAGGGUACUGCAGAAUGGUUUGGAGGUAGAGAGACUACGCUUGAGGAACUUCUUUCACUACUACCACUCUAAACGAGGCAUGUGGAACGCCCAAAACAAGAAAACUCCUAAAGGAUAGUGCCCCCCUGCUGGUCGGAGGAUACCGAACCUACCUGCAGAUCCACUGUGUGUGAGAGAGAGACCUGUAGGAGCUCGCUCACUGCCUGAACUCUGCCUUUAUUUGAAACAGGCUCCUUUUAGGGACGCCUCUGUUUUGCCAUCGGCCCCUCUCGUAUGCUUGCCUAUAUGAGGAAACAGAGUCCAAAUCUGAACUUUACAGCGAGCUGUUUACGCAAAUAGACCUGAGUCAUUACUUUGCCUCACUGACUGAACUACUGUACAGAGAGAAGAGUUAUUUUUGUUCUCCUUCUCUCUGUCCUUUUUUUGGUGCAAUGUUUUCAGACGGACUGGAAAGCAGCUGUGUGUGUGUGUGUGUGUGUGUGUGUGUGUGU